AUGUAUGAUUGUUCCAAGUCGCCGACCAGAAGGAAGAGCUACAAGCCAAUCGUGAACAGCAAGUUCCGUGACCGGGAGCCGUUCUCCAUGUCAGACUCCUCAGAUACCUCCUCUGGCUCCUCAGACUACGAGAGGAACCCAGGCAACCCUUACAGCGUACACAAAGACAAAUAUAAACAGAAUUGGAUGUGGAACCAUUUUAUGGAUGGAAAUCAUAUGAACGUCAAUCCGUAUGCACCAGAAUUUAGCAGCCUUGGACCUUCCGGAGCUUCUUUGUUUUUCGGUAGAAAAUGGUGGUAUUUCAACCAGGAUGACUACCAACCGAUAGGCUAGCUAAUAUAUUAUAGAAGUCACAUAAUAAUUAAAUUUUAAUGGAAAUAUAUCUUUCGAUACAU